AUGACAGUAGAGACUCAUCUCAUGGCCAAGUCAAUAAGUUUACGAUUUUUGAUGGCCCCUAGAUUAAAUAUGACACCGUAUCUUGUCGAAGUAAAUAUUUUUAUCCCAGAAACUACAGCACCAAACACGAAAGUUGUGAGGCUCCUAAGCCAAUACAUGAAAAAUCAUGCAGCUAAUAAAUGGAUGUUAGUCAGCACAAGGUUCAAAGAAGAAGGGUUCGCACGGUACCAUCCAAUCUCGUUUACUGUAAGCAACAAUGUAACCCAAAAAGCGGCUUCAUUGCUUCUCAAAAAUUGUGUGCAUAAGUCUUUGCCUUCACACCAAGACCGUCCGGAAGAUUGUUCGACCCAAAAGUGCAGGAUUGAUUCUCGUCCAUGUCCUGCUUCUCAAAAAAUAAAUUUCAAUUCGCAAAACAGUAAAAAGCAGACAGUUAAGCGUGUUGGCAUUUUAGAAAUACGUCAGCUGAAUAUACUUAUUUAUUUCCGGACGCCUAAAAACCGUCUGGACGGUCUUGAUGAAGGCCUAAAGAAAUACAUUUCAGACCUUGACAGCAUGGACAACUUCCCUGAUGGAGCAUUCGAUACCACAAAAUUGAAGAAGGACAUGCUUUAUAUCUACAAAAGUACACUUGCUGGGGUUCUUAAGAGAAGAAACGAAGCUCUGUUCAAGAAAACAGAGAUCAAAUACAACCACACAAAAGUUGAUCUUUAUAACGAAGACACCUAG